ACCGCGGCAGGGCAGGACUCUCGCUCGGUAAAGUGCAGCCGUUAACGCCACGUCGACUAAAACAAACAAACUAAAGCUUAAACAAUUCUUUCUGUCUGUCGCCUGCUCUGUCGGUGUUAACCGGAGUUUUCACGCCGUGAAUCAUGCUGGACCCGUCCUCCAGCGAAGACACCGGCGGGGAGUCCGACUCAGAAGUUGUCCAGGAGGCUCCGAGGAAACCGGCUGCCUCCUCGGCGGGGAAACGCGGGAACAACAACCGGGCGGGCGGCCAGCAGCGACAGUCCGCUGCACCUGGAGGUGCCCCCGGCAAAGGUGCGAAAGACAGCCAUGCUACAGGUGAAGAGGAGGAGAGGAAGGAGCGAGAGCGGAUCCAGAAGGAGGAAGAGGAGAGGAAAAUUAAACUGCAGAUUUAUGUGUUCGUCCUUCGGUGCAUAGCCUACCCGUUCAACGCUAAGCAGCCCACCGACAUGGCCCGGCGACAGCAAAAGGUGAACAAGCAGCAGCUGCAGGCGGUGAAGGAGCGUUUUCAGGCCUUCCUCAACGGGGAAACGCAGAUCAUGGCGGAUGAAGCUUUCUGCAAUGCUGUGAGGAGCUACUAUGAGGGCUUCCUGAAGAGUGAGCGUGUUUCCCGGAUGGUCCAGAGCGGCGGCUGCUCGGCCAACGACUUCCGCGAGGUCUUCAAGAAGAACAUCGAGCGGCGCAUUCGCAGCCUCCCGGAGAUUGACGGCUUGAGCAAAGAGACGGUGCUGAGCUCCUGGAUCGCCAAGUAUGAUGCCAUCUACAGGGGGGACGAGGACAUGCGGCGGCAGCCACAGCGGGCGCACCUGAGCGCUGUGUCGGAGCUCAUCCUCAGCAAAGAGCAACUGUACGAGAUGUUCCAACAGAUCCUCGGCAUCCGAAAGUUUGAGCACCAGCUGCUGUACAACGCCUGCCAGCUGGACAACGUGGAUGAGCAGGCAGCUCAGAUCCGCAGAGAGCUGGACGGCAGGUUACAGCUGGCCGAGAAGAUUGCCAGGGAGAGGAGAUACCCAAAGUUCGUCUCUGCUGACAUGGAGGCUCUGUACGUGGAGGAGCUGCGUUCGUCGGUCAACCUACUGAUGGCGAACCUGGAGAGUCUGCCGGUGUCCAAAGGAGGUCCGGACUUCAAACAGAAGCUCAAACGCUCCUCUAUGAACAACUCCUUCCUGGACAUGGGAGAUGAGGGAGACAUCCUGUCCAAGUCUGAUGUGGUGCUGUCCUUCACUCUGGAGAUCGUGAUCAUGGAGGUCCAGGGUCUGAAGUCCGUCGCUCCAAACCGGAUUGUUUACUGCACUAUGGAGGUGGAGGGAGGAGAGAAGCUGCAGACGGACCAAGCUGAAGCCGCCAGACCACAGUGGGGGACGCAGGGGGACUUCACCACGACUCACCCUCUGCCCUCGGUCAAAGUAAAGCUGUUCACAGAGAGCACUGGGGUCCUGGCUCUGGAGGACAAGGAGCUGGGCCGGGUGGUCCUGAACCCGACCACCAACGGACCAAAGCAGGCCGAGUUCCACCGGAUGGUCGUCCCCAAGAACAGUCAGGACACUGAGCUGAAGAUCAAACUGGCCGUCCGCAUGGACAAACCCCCCAACAUGAAGCACAGCGGGUACCUGUACGCUGUGGGACAGAGGGUCUGGAAACGCUGGAAAAGAAGAUAUUUUGUUCUUGUUCAGGUGAGCCAGUACACGUUCGCCAUGUGCAGCUACAGAGAGAAGAAGGCUGAGCCUCAGGAGCUGAUGCAGCUGGAGGGCUACACGGUGGACUACUGCGACCCUCAACCAGGUCUGCAGGGUGGUCGGGUGUUCUUUAACGCAGUGAAGGAGGGCGACCUGGUGAUGUUCGCCUGUGACGAUGAGCAGGACCGGGUGCUGUGGGUCCAGGCCAUGUACCGGGCCACUGGACAGUCCUACAAACCAGUCCCACCGCUGCAGAACAAAACCACAAACUGCAGAGGAGGAAUUCAGAAACCAGCGUCCCCCAUCAGUCUGGAUCCAUCGCAGCGACAGGGGGUGGAGGAGUUGAUCUCUGCGUCGCCGUGUCGCUUCGACCACGCCGCCCUCUUCACCAUUUUACAGAAACACACACUGCAGCACCGCAUGAGCGACUCCUUCUCCUGCCUGGGCUGGUUCAGUCCCGGUCAGGUGUUUGUCCUGGAUGAGUACUGCGCUCGGUACGGCGUUCGAGGCUGCCACCGUCACCUGAGCUACCUGAAGUGUCUGAUGGAUUAUUCAGAGAACAACGCACUGGUCGAUCCCACGCUGCUACACUACAGCUACGCCUUCUGCGUCUCCCACGUCCACGGAAACAGGCCUGACGGGAUGGGAACAGUGACCGUGGAGGAGAAGGAGCAGUUUGAGGCCAUGAAGAGUCGCCUUAUGGCUCUGCUGGAGGAGCAGAUCACUCAUUUUAGGUACUGCUUUCCCUUUGGACGACCAGAUGGGGCCCUGAAGGCAACGCUCUCCCUGCAGGAACGGGUUUUGAUGAAGGACAUCACCACGCCUGUCCCUCCGGAGGACAUGAAGAAACUUGUGCAGAGGUGCCUGGAAAAAGCCGCUCAAAUCAACUACAGUCAGCUGAUCGAGUACGCUCAGAUCAAGGUGGAUCCUCAGGCAGCUUCAGAGAAGAGACUGGAGGACAUGAUGAGACUGGGAGAACUCUGCAUUGAAGUCCUGCAGCAGAACGACGAGCAUCACUCUGAGGCUUUCUCGUGGUGGCCGGAGCUCAUGGCCGAACACGCGGAAACAUUUCUGUCUCUGUACAGAGCCGACAUGGACGCCGCUCUGCAGGUCCAGCCCGUGGACUCCUGGGACAGCUUCCCACUUUUCCAACUCCUCAACAACUUCCUGCGAACUGACCCUCACCUGUGUAACGGGACGUUCCACAAACACCUGCAGGACCUGUUCGUCCCUCUGGUGGUGCGCUACAUCGACCUGAUGGAGUCGUCCAUCGCUCAGUCCAUCCACCGCGGCUUCGAGCAGGAGACCUGGCAGUCCGUCAAUAAUGGCUCAGCCACCUCAGAGGAUUUGUUCUGGAAGCUGGAUGCUCUGCAGAUGUUUGUUCUGGACCUUCACUGGCCGGAACCUGAGUUCGCCAAACAUCUGGAGCAGAGACUGAAACUGAUGGCCAGCGACAUGAUGGAGGCCUGCGUCAAGAGAACAAAAUCUGCAUUUGACUCCAAAAUGCAAAAAGCGAGUAAGUCGACGGACUUCCGGGUGCCGCUGUCAGUCUGCACCAUGUUCAACGUGCUGAUGGACGCCAAGAAGCAGUGCUCCAAACUCUGUGUGCUGGAUUCCGGUCAGGAGAUUGACAAACAAUGGCAACAGUACCACUCCAAAAUCGAUGUCCUGAUUGACGAGGCGUUCAAAGAAAUGAUUUCCUCCCUCGUCUCAAAGUUUGUCGGGGUUUUAGACGGCGUCCUCUCCAAGCUCUCGAGAUACGAUGAAGGGACAUUCUUCUCUUCAAUCCUGUCUUUCACAAAACCAGGGAUGGAUCUGGCCGACACUUACAUCACCUUCAUACGGCAGAACCAGGACAUCCUCCGAGACCGUGUCAACGAUGAGCUCUACAUCGAGGAGGUGUUUGAUCAAUGGUAUACUGGCUCCAUGAAGGCAGUGUGUGUUUGGUUGACUGACAGACUGGACCUGCAGCUCCACAUGUACCAGCUGAAAACACUCAUCAAGAUUGUGAAGAAGACCUACCGAGACUUCAGGCUGCAGGGCGUCUUGGACAGCACACUGAACAACAAGAGCUAUGAGACCAUCUACAACCGUCUGACAGUGGAAGAAGCCACAGCAGCUGUCAAGGCGGGUGACGGCCUGCAGGGCAUCAGCAUGAGAGACAGCGACGAGGAGGACGAUUAAACACACACACACUCUCCCCUCACACACCCUAUUACUACUUGAUUGUCAUCCUUUCUAACAGAUCAGGACCUUCUGUCACAGUUAAUGAUAGGUGGCAUCUACUUCACUAAACAGCUGUCAUUAAAAAGUAAAACUCAGACUAAAGCUGAAACUACAGUCAACAAAUGUAACUUCAUAACAAUGAUUCUGGAAAAUAUUGCAGCUGAACAAAAUAGCACCACCAUGCUGUACUGUUAACAGUGGGGACUGCUGCCUGAUGAUGUUAGAUAGCAAACCAACAAUUUUUAGUUUGCUAAUCGAUUUUCUUCACUCAGUCAUUGCAAAAUAUAAACUAAAACAAAACUGAAACAACAGUCCGAUUGUAUAUGUCUGGACAAAAUAACCAUGCCAUUAUCAACAACAGGACCAGUUACGCCAACGGUAGCUAGUGAGCCAAACUGUUGAUUCAUUUUCUAAACUGAACUUUACUCCACUUAAGUGAAAAGUACACAGCAAAUAUAAGAACUGAAAUUACAACAAGUCAACAAAUAUCAUUUUAUGAUAAGAAUGGUGAAAAUGAACAGAAAUAGAAAUCUGGCUGCCAGACACUGUUCUCAACAGCAAGACUAGUUAUGCUAACAUUAGCCAGUGAGUCUUGUUGUUAAUGCAUUUUCUGCUAAAGCCUACUUUACUCAGUCACCCACGAAUUAGCAUUUUUAACUGAAUCUGGAGCUAACAUUAUCAUUACACCCCUAAUUUGAAUUUAGUGUUACAUUAUCUCAAUGGUUAAUAUUCUGUAACGUUAGCUUAAUGGCUAACAUUAUUUUGUUAGCUAACAGAAAACAAAAGCUAGGAGGACAGCUGUUACCACAGAAGUACAAUUAAGUCAUGACAAAUUAAUGAUGUUACUGUUAUUUGCUACAAUUAAAAUUAUACUAAAAUAUAACUAUCAUGUAGUCCAGCAGUUACGUAGCUUUCUUGACCAACCAUGAAGGUUACUCUACUGAGUAAUCUCUAAAUCCAGUUUUUUUUUUUCAACAAAACAAUGUGUGUGGAAAAAAACAUACAAGAUUCAUAUAUUCAACAAGAUUAUCUUCUCAAACUGAAGAACACGGUUGCCAUUGUUUUGUUUUUGUUUUUUUAUUGUCAACGCGUCUCAUGGAAAGACCAAAACCAACAAUUUUUUGUCACUUCUCUCGAUAGUUUUCAACUUAGAAGCCCUCAGUGAUGUUAUGUUGUAGCUGAACAUGUAAAAACAUUUUUGGCUUUUUGAACCACAGACCUUUUUUUCUCUAUAAACUGAAAACACAGUGGGUAGAAUUAGAUGAAGAAGCAUAUGUAGCUUUCAUUUUUUAGGACUUAACAAGGUGACACUGAGUAUAGUUGCACAUGUGCAGUAGAGGUAAAAUGGCACUCAUCAUGACUGAAGACCUGAUCAGUUGAGGAUGAACGCUCAGGUAGUGACACGCACCCUUUUUCUCAACCAAUCACAUGCUCAUCACCCAGACACUGAUGUGCGUAUAUGUACAUGAGUCAGAAUGUACGACAAAAAAGGAAGUCAUGGUGAGACGAGGCGUCUGAAAGACGCUCUGGACAGUGCUGAGACAAACCUCGUCCUCCCACUCUCACCUGCAGGACAGGAAGCCCCGCCCUCCUCCAUGUGCAGCCAUACUCUGAUUGAUGUCACUUUGUACAGUAGAGCUCAGCGACCACCGUCAGUGCAGCUCCUUCCUGUUUUGUUUUCAUCCGCAGUUGUAGCUUAAUGUCCAGCAGCUCUGAAACCCCACAGUCAAAACGCCCUCGCUGCCUUUUUUGUCACAUUCCCGACAGCAACAGCAGCAAAAUCCACUAAAAACAUUUAGUUUUAUUUGACAGGAAGCUUGGAAUUGUAAGGUUCUAUCUAACUGGUUUUAUAUAAGCUUAGUUACCCACUUUCAUUUUCCUCACCUGUAAUCCAAAAGCACUGGCCACAAAGGUAAAAUUGGAGUGAUGUUGUUAAAGCACCUCAGUACUUGAGGUUGGGAUGGAUUGUGGCUGUUGUCCUUGACUCUUUGAAACAAAUUUGACCAAAAGUCCAACGUUUGUUUUGUUUAACCCUGACCAUGAUCUUUCUUUAACCUCGAACAAGUAGCUUUAAUCUGCUAAGUUUGUCUGUAUAUGUUAAUGUGAGUACUCCAAGUUAACCUCUGAAAUCUGAGAAAACAGUGACGUCUAUUAAAAGAGGUCAGACCGGUAAAUAAAGUGUUCGGUGAUCAGAGAGGUUGGAAACAAAACAGCGGUUUAUCCAUAUCUAAACCUCAUUGUCAGACUGUACUUUAUAACUUCACACUGUUAUAAAGUACAGUAGGUCAAAGCUGAAGCAGAGAAUGGGUCUGUGAACUGUGUUGGAUGUUUACAUGGACACUGAGUCAUAUUUUUACUUAGUGUUGAAAAUCACUUUUGUUAACCUGGGGCUUUUGUUUCCAACCUGUCUUGAUUGUCUGACUUGCACGCGUUUCUUUACCUGUUGGACUUUGUUGUUACAGAAACUCAUAGAAAUAAUGCCCAAACUUACAAAAACCCAAGAUUUCCUUAACUUUAACCAUAUUCUACUUGCCAAGUGCUGAUGUUGUGAAAAUAGAAAAACAUCAACGAUUCGUAAAAUUGCUCAGUGUUAUGUUUUUUCUGGCAACAGGGUUAAGAUUUAAACUAAAUUUGAUGUUUGGUGUCUUAGAUCUUAGAUGAACUCUUACAACUUCAAGCUAACGAAAUGUUGCUGUGCUGCUGUAAUUCCUGAAUCUGAAUCUUCUGUAGUUCAAAAUGUACGCUGCUGAACGAAGACUGGUGGCCUCAGGUGGUAAAAGAAGCAAAAAAUGAAAUAUUAUUCCACGGGUCUGGGUUCUGUGAAACAGCACACAAAUUACACAGGUGUUCGCACAGGCAUGAAGAGUCUGUUCCACCACAUCAAGAUGUGAAAAGGUGUUAAAACUGCAACCAAGCUUGAAGUGGAAGUGGGGAAUAACUGUCCAGAAACACUACUACAUGUUGAUGUAGUUGUAUAUCUGCUGUCAUUUCUGUUUAUUGUGAUAUUUACUGUUGUGAAGAAUUCUGUUGAGCUGUAGAGUGGUAUGGUCGUACUGCCUGAUGUGCAUCAUAUCCAACGUCGAUCAAAGUCUUAGAAACGUGCUGACAAACUGAAAAGGUCUGGACUUUUUUACCAGGAACAUCCCAGAAUGUGGAUCUGUUUUUAAUCUGAUUACUGUCUUUAACCUGAUCAGCUGAGCGGACAAAGCGUCUCAUCACUGCUGCUCCUUCAGUCACUAACGUCUGUUUGCGUGUUGUUGUUGAGAAAUAAGAGUUUUAUCUGUAAAUUCAGUGUAGAUCCAGUUUGUGUCAGUGCAGUCAAAAGGCCAAAAACUGAAGGACAAAAGUCUAUUUGAAGAGGUAUAUUUAUAUUGUCUUAUCGUGCACCUGUUUUGUUCAGGUGUCUUAUCUAAGUGUCACUAUUAAAAGUGUU